AUGGCGGGUGUUGGUUCUGGUGGAGGAACAAAAACACAGUGCAGAGAGCCCAGGAAAGCGUUGUUUCAGUCCCCAGAUCAAGAGGAUACUAGCAAGGCUCCAGGUUAUUAAUGUCUCCGUCUCUUUGUAUCUAAAAUGUCAUCAUAUAGCUAAAUUGGCAAAUUUUUUAAGUUCAAAACUCAGUGGCGAGGAGCGAGGAGAAACGGCUGUUUUCGCAGGCUAUGUUGAAAGCGUCACGUCAAUGAUGCUCAUAAGCUUAUGUCCAGAUAUUUUUUAGGAGUUUGCAGUGGUGGUGAUUAAGAAGCUCCCAAAUUAUUUUUGUCGUGAUUUAAAUUACAGUCGAACCUCUCGGUAGGAACACCUCUCUAUUACUAGCCUGCGUAGCAAGCGUUUCCGUUUGGUUUCGGAGACCGAGGACGGGAUUCUCGGUUUUGGUGGCGCCAUUUUUCGUGCGGUCUUUGACUCUCGUUCCUUAUUCUUUGCUCCUAAACCGCACGGAAACGCUUGCUACGCAGGCUACUCUAUUACGGACAUGUACAAUUUCCAAUGUCCCGAGAAAAUUCUCACAUAUUUUCUUUUAAAAAACCUCUAUAAUACGCGUACGGACUCUCUCUAAUACGGACAACGGACACUAAAUCUGGGCCCCAGAGAGUGAAUUCAUAUAAACUUAACCUCUUUAUUACGGACACUCCGUUGAUCAGGUGAAUUCCGAAUCCCAAUCCCGUAGAGUUGGAUCGACACGGGGUGAAUCCCGUCUAGUCUGGCUGGUGAGCUAUGUAAGGUGACAUAAAGCCCAGCCGCUGUAUACCAAAGAACGAUUUGCGAAAGGUAUACAGAGGAACAUAAUCGACGUUUUGGAGGCUUCAAUAACUACAGAUAGCAUAAAGAUCUUUUCUAUUACAUUUUGUACUCUAGUUACAGUCAAACCUCUUUCAUAUGGACACCAAAGGGACAGAACCAAUAUUGUCCGCUUUACAGAGGUGUCCGUAUUAUAGAGGUGGGGAAUGUAUGAUUUUUGGCAUUUCUGGGACCAAACGAACUGUCCUUAAUAGAGAGGUGUCCGUAUUAUAGAGGUGUCUGUAAGUAGAGGUUAGACUGUACUGUUUACUGUACUUGCAAAAUAGCAAAAGACGCUUUUAAAUUGUACUUUACGUUAGAACUUUUUACACACAGCAUUGCGCUGUAUGUUGUUUCGUUUAAAACAGUAAUUUGUCUGUUUCUUCAGUGUCCGUAUUAGAGAGAUUCGACUGUAGCUGUUUGGUGUUCAGGAAAAUUUCUUUUCCUCAAUCCUCUAUGCAGGGGAGGGGAGACGGGAAGGGUAAUUUGAUCCGUUUUCUAUUGCCUUUUUGCUGCGCAGGAAAUGGUGCUUAUUUUGGCACUGCUGAAGGAAGCCCAAUCAAAAUUGGCCAGGUUCACAUUUCUUUACCAGACCUGUCCCUCAAUAACAACCCUGAUAAUGACUUUCUUGCAGAGGCUUUGGAAGCAUUGCUUAAUAGAAUUCAAGUAGAUAUUGAAGUGGAUUCCAACUUGAAAGGCCUCAAGAAAGGUAAUGCAUCAGUCAAUUCCCGUACUGUCUGUGGUCUGCAUUGCAGUCGCCAAAGGAAAAAGAAAAGAAAAAAGGGAACAGAAUGCCUGUUGUUUUAUAAAAAAUGUCACAACAUUAAUUUGCAUCCAGCCAACUUACCAUGGCUUACUUAAAUUUGGAUUAGAAAUGGGAUUAGAAAUUUCGGAAAGUGCUGCAAAGUUACACAGUCAUAGAAUUCGCUUUAUCCUUUCCUACAGAAUACUGUUGCAAACAUUUCCACCUCAAUUUUGUAUGUUUAGUGCUUUGAAAAUGAAGGAAAUAUUAUAUGGUGUUCAUUCACAGAGCCCUCCGUUAUUGUAAUAAAUUAUCAGUCAUAAAUUUAGUCAUGUAGGUGUAGAUUAAUGUUGCUGAUUUGCUGCUCAUAUUGUGCUCAAAAAUGGCUCAUUCUGCUUAAAAUUCUGCUGGCCAAAUUUCUCCAAGCCUAUAUAAUUUUCCUGAUGCUCAGCUGGUUAAACUUUUCCUUUCAGAGAUUCACGAGCAGACACUCACAAAGUUAAGGCAGCAACUGACUCAGAUUAGCCAGGAUGAAUGGAUGUAUAAACCAAUUGACCAGAUCAUAGGCUUUUGA